CCCUGCGCCGCACGCCCGAUGGAUGGGUGAUCUACUGCGGCGGCGGCAGGGUGAGGGACGGCCACAUUUUUCGGCGCGGCCCGAGCCGGCGACAACAAAAAGUGCGCGGGCGCCCGCUGGGCGCUCGGACGGGCGCGGGGACGCGGGGACGCCCGGCCCGGGCCUCGGCCUCGGCCUCGCCGCCGCGCUCGCGGCCUGGCCCGGCUCUGCCCGGAGCGCCCGCCGCCCGCGGGGAUGUCGUACAAGCCGAACUUGACCGCGCACAUGCCCGCCGCCGCCCUCAAUGCCGGAAGUGUCCACUCGCCUUCUACUAGUAUGGCGACAUCCUCCCAGUAUCGCCAGCUGCUGAGUGACUAUGGGCCACCAUCACUAGGCUACACCCAGGGAACUGGAAAUAGCCAGGUGCCUCAGAGUAAAUACGGAGAGCUGCUGGCCAUCAUUGAAGAGUUGGGGAAAGAGAUCAGACCCACGUAUGCAGGGAGCAAGAGCGCCAUGGAGAGACUAAAACGAGGCAUCAUUCAUGCCCGAAGCCUGGUUCGGGAGUGCUUGGCCGAAACGGAACGUAAUGCCAGGUCCUAGCCCCUGGCCAGUCUGAAGGCCCAUCUCGCUACCCUGUGGAGAUGAGAGGCUUUGUUCAAAAUGGCAGUGGUUUUCCUGCCGUGGUCAUUAAGCUCUGAACCCACAUCCAGAAGACUGGGAAGACAUUUUGCAGUUACUGACGGUGUGCAUUCUAAGUAGUUAGAAAUCAUCCAGCUCUUUUUUUCUUCCCAAGCAUUGAUUUGAAAGAUGUUUGUGAAGCCACUUCACAGCAAGCUAUUGUUUGCCCCCAAAUCCCAGUGUCCCCUUUAAAAUCUCCCUUUGGAUACACUUGCCAUUCGCCUCACCCCAGUUGACUUCCUUUCCAUGAGCUCACCUGCCUCUGAGGACUUGAGUGCAGACCACAGCACAUCUGCUUAGUAGCUGGCCUGCCUGUGGACAGUGUAGACCCUGUUUCACAGAGCUGCUCUGCUUAAGCCUUUGCAUGACUGAGUGCUUUGAAGUCAAUCUUAAACAUGCACAAGUUAUAAAUACAGAAGAAAGCAAUCUACCCAACCUGCCACGCGC